AUGCUUGCCUUAUGCUUAAUCCUUGCAGCCCUUACACUCCAUCUGGACCUCGUUCGGGCGCACACCGUAAUCACAUAUCCUCUAUGGCGAGGUAACAAUCUCGUCACCAAUGGCACCAGACCCGAAUACGAUAUGUCGGCCACAGGCGAGAAUUAUGUCGAUGGCCAAAGGACGUUUCCUUAUGGGCAACAGUGGAUGUAUCCUUGUGGUGGCAUGCCGAUGAGUACGAAUAGAAGUCUAUGGCCUGUCUCUGGCGGCGCACUUGCUAUUCAGCCUGGGUGGUUCACAGGCCACAAGACCGCGAUGUUCUACGUCAACAUCGGCAUCAAUGGCCCUGGAGAAGUCGCACCGCCCAACAUGUCUCAUCCAGUGGUCCCGCCUUUCCAAAUUACGGGCCCAACCAACUCGGAAUAUCCUGGCGCCUCUUUCUGCCUUCCACAGGUGCCGCUUGUGCCCAACCUUACAUUCAACAUCGGCGACAAUGUCACCAUCCAAGUUAUCGAGACUGCACAACAUGGCGCCGCCAUCUACAACUGUGCAGAUGUGACACUAGCAGACCCAGCCGAUGUGCCAGAAGUAAACGCAUCCAACUGCUUCAACUCGUCAGACCUGAGUUUCCAGCUGAUCUACGCAACCGCCAACCUCAGCAGCGGCGCUCUACCAACGGCGAUCGCAUCCUCGCGGGUCUCCCUGACGCUGCCAAUGCUCAUUAUGAUGCUCGUGUUCGUGUUGUGGUGA